AUGGCCAGACUCCGGGUCAUUCCGGGAUGCAGACGAGGCUUGCACUUUGGAGGUACCUGUGGACGGAGGGUGACCUUGCAGACAACACGACAGUUAAGGCCACUAGGGCAGCCAGGAAGCAGCUGCCGACCAUAUUCUGCCACCACAGCAUCAACACCGAAUGGAAGAGGAUGGGGCCGCAACGCAUUCAUUGCCUCAGGGGCACUGGGUCUCGUUGGAUUCGGAGCAGGUGUCAUGAUCGGCAAGGGAUACUAUGAAUUAAUGCAACCAAAGGCUGAAUGGGAUUUGAACACGCCGAAUAUCCCCAAGGCUAUCACGUAUGCCAACCGAUUCGAGAUGCUGCAUGCUGCCGAGGAGAUUGCCCGACUGAUAGGCCAAGAUUGUGUCAGUUACGACUCUGAUGUGUUGGAACAUCACGGACACUCUGACUGGUCUACUUCCAACUCCUCAGAAAGAGCCGUCGCCGUAGUCUUUCCUCGGACGACGGAGGACGUGUCUACCAUCGCCCGGAUAUGCAGCAAACGCAAAGUCCCCAUGAUCCCUUUUGGAGCUGGCUCGUCGGUUGAGGGCAACUUCAGCCAGCCUUAUUCAGGAAUCUGCAUCGACUUCACCAAUAUGGACAAGGUGAUAUCGUUCCACCCGGAAGACAUGGACGUGGUAGUCCAGCCAGGAGUAAACUGGGUCGAACUCAACAACAAGAUUGCCCACACCAACCUCUUCGCGCCGAUGGACCCCUCCCCCACAGCCACCGUCGGUGGCAUGGUCUCAACUAACUGUUCUGGCACCAAUGCCUUCCGCUACGGAACCAUGAAAGACUGGGUCCUCAACCUCACCGUUGUCCUGCCUGACGGCCAAACCGUCAAGACCCGUCGACGACCACGAAAGACCUCGGCAGGGUACAAUCUCACCUCGUUAUUCGUCGGUGCAGAAGGUACUCUGGGUAUGGUGACAGAAAUCACCCUCAAACUCGCCCCUAUACCGCAAGACACCUCCGUCGCCGUGAUCCCCUUCCCCAGCAUCAACGACGCCGCCGCAGCCGCCACCUCGCUCAUCCGAUCUGGCAUCUCCGGCCUUGCCGCUCUCGAAAUCAUGGACGACGCCCAGAUGGCCAUCCUCAACAAACACGGCAGCGCCACCGUCCGCCAACGCCGCUGGCAGGAGAAGCCUACCCUGUUUAUCAAACUCUCCGGCACCACCGAAGCAAUCAAAUCCGACAUUUCACGGGUCUCAUCCCUCGUGGCACCUUUCAGUGCUCACCAGCUCAUCUUUGCUAGAUCGAAAAAGGAGGAAUCCAAUCUCUGGGCUGCGCGCAAAGAAGCCUUGUUCACCAUGGUUAAUAUCCGCCCCGAGGGAACAGAAAUGUGGUCUACCGACGUUGCGGUGCCCAUCUCGCGGCUUGCCGAGAUCAUCACCUGGUCCAAAGAGGAGUGUUCCAAGCUGGGCAUUUUUGCCAGCGUCAUUGGACAUGUGGGGGAUGGCAACUUUCAUGUGGCUAUGAUGUACGACCCGAGGAAUGCAGGGCAAAAGGAGGCAGUGGGAAAGACGGUCAAGGAGAUGAUGAAGAGGGCAUUGGAGAUGGAGGGGACCGUGUCGGGGGAGCAUGCUAUUGGGAUUGGCAAGAAGGGUAGCCUCAGGGACGAGUUGGGGGUGGAAACGAUUGGGUUGAUGAGGGCGUUGAAGAGGGCUGUGGAUCCGGAUUGGAUUAUGAACCCAGGGAAGGUGUUUGACUAG